UAGAAAAGUAGCAUCUCCUUCCUUCAGCACAGGCUUACAGUGUAUGUUGACUGCAAGAAUAAACAUACCUGCAUGGCAAACAAGGCAGGAGGAAAGCUUAGAAAGGAUUUAGUAUCUCCAGGGCAUUCCCAAAUUGGGAAGAGGCUCUGGAGAUGGUUUUCCUAAAAGCAGAGGAAGAAGAUAAUUUUUCUGAGACCAUAGGAAUGGAACAGUAGUCAGUAAACGCUUGUUACUGUUCUUGAUGUUUAGGGUUGGCACCUGCAGCUUCCAGACUUAGACUGGUGCUGGCAAUGAUUCUGUUACUGCUGAUCUUGAGGACUUACAGAAAGCAAAUUUUCAUGGAGCUUAUAGGCCUUGAAUUGUGGGUAGAUGAUUGAUAAUGGAGGUGAACUUCAAGAAGCAUGAUGUUUGCAGAGAAGAUUGCAGUGGAGUGAAAGCUUUAAGUCAAGAGGAAGUUGUAGCCAAGGCACAUUUAGUGCUUUCCAGGGAAAAUGUUGGGAGUUGAAACUCAGUGGAAAAGAAUGGGGUAUGAUAUUGAGCGUUUUGUGGGUUAUGUUAAUGAAGGACUUCUGUGCUCCAUAUGCCGGGAUGUUUUAGAAGAUCCCUUGCAGGCUCCUUGUGAACAUGCUUUCUGCACUACAUGUAUACAUGGAUGGCUUGUUCAUCACAGUAACUGCCCUGAGGACAGGCAGGCACUUGAUGCAUCUGUGCUACACCCUCUCUACAGAUAUAUGAAAAAUGACCUAAAUCGACUUCAGCUUCACUGCAAAAACAGAGAACAUGGCUGUGACAUGGUCUGUUCUCUAGAAUCUAUAGACAGACAUGAGAGAGAAUGUGAAUACGGCCAGAUAUCUUGCUCAAAUGCUGGUUGUCCAGUUCAGGUCGAGCGACGUAACUUAGAAGGCCAUUUGGCACUGUGUGAAUACCGGAGCCGUGAGUGUCCCAAUGGUUGUGGUUACACCAUCCUCAGUGCAGAAGACACACAGCAUAACUGCGUAGCAGAGCUAAGAACAGAACUGGAAUUGCUUCGGUCAGAAAUGAUCUGCAGAGUGGAAGAAGCAAAGCAUGAGAUGGAAUCUAGGUUGGAUUCCCAGAGAAGACACAUGGUGCAAAAGGAAAGCAUGCUGCAAAAUGAAAUUGAGGAGCUGAAGAGUCAGAUGUCGCGAAUGAUGUCUGACGUGCGCUCCCUGCUGGCAGCAGAGAGACAGCAUCGUCAAGAGCUGGAGCAGGCAGAGCUUGAAAAGCGUGAAUUAAUGGAGUUGCUAAAAAGCCUGCAGAAAGACUGCCGACGGAACACUACUGAGGGAAACAAGAAAUCCACGAACUUUCGCCCUCUAACACGACUGGAGAGUAUGAAACGAAAACCUAGGGAAGUUACCGUCAUCUAAAAAGAAGUAUGAUUAAAACUACUUGAACAUUAAUACAACAGACCGCCAUUUUAUAC